AUGAAUAUUUAUCAUCAUACAUACGGGGAUUAAUAUUUUUUUGAAUAUUCAGGUAGCAAUUACGAUUUUUAUGGAGUAAGUACUGAAGAAAUCAUAAAUCGCUACUAAAAUCGAUGCAAUUAAUUAGAAAAUAAGCUUUUAAAAGAGUAUUUAAAAAUAUAUAAACCUCAUUUUUAGCUUUAUUAUGAAUUCAUAGAAAAUUAAGAAGAAAUUAAAAUAAACCGCCAAAUAGGCAGCAAUCAUAUAAUUUUAGAGGUAUUUGAUAGUUUCGAAAAUAUUAAGAAACAACUUGUAAUAUUUGACAACAAAAAAGAAAAUAUUAUUGAUUAUUACAUAGAAUUAUUUCAGCGUUUUCCAAGAAAAGAUUUAAUUUUGAACUUGUACGACUCUUACUAUUUGGAUGACAAAAAGACUUUCUAUGUUUUUGAAUAGGAAGUUUCUGCCAACUCUCUUAUUUAUUUUCAUAAUGAUUUGAAAUAAAAUAUUAUUAGCAAAUUACAAGCAUUUUUUUGUGAAUUCUUUUAAGAUUUAAAUAAUGAAUAAAUAAUGAACUCUAUCCAGAAUUAAAUAAGCUUAAAAGUCGAUUUAUUUUGUUUUUAAAAUGAAGUAAGCAGAGUUUUUAAUAAACAUAAAAUUAUUUAAUAGGAUUUUGUACUUUUUUACUCAAUUUCAUAAUGA